CUCUCGGGCCCUGGCGGGCGGACAGGAACUCACUCACUCUUGACCUCUCUUGGCACAAUAAAAAUUUGUUAGCUGUGCACAGACGGGCAAAAGGCUGGUGAUUGUUGCUGAUAAAUCAAACUAACUGCUCCUAUUAGCCUUUUCAUCCUCAUACUGUCUAAAUCCUUAUGUAACCUCUUUGUCAGGUCAGGAAAUGGCUACGUAUCAGUUUUCUUUUUCUUCAAACAGAAAUCAUUUAAACUCGGCGGCACACGAGAGACUCAACAGUCCAGCUUCUACAGAGAGAGUUGCUUUUGUUCUGCAGAAAUAAUGGAAACAUAAAGGGUGAGUGUUUCCCACUAUAUGAAGGCGGAGCUUUUUCCCCAAGGUCCUGAGCCAAACUGGUGUUAUGUAACUGAUUCACUGCUUCUCACCCUGACGUUGAAUUACUCCAAAGUUUACAGCCAGUCAGAGCAUGGGAUAAUAUCAUGAGGGCUCAGUUCUGCAGAUGAGGAGGAGAGGAGUUUAGGGAAAUUGGCAUUAAGAGCAGAUUUUCAGCCAAAGAUCUGUCUCACAAAUUGAAAACUGACCUUAAACACUGCCAAGGAUCAAGUUCUUGUUGGUUAAUAUUCAACUCUGGCAGCUUCUCACUGCGCCUGAAGGGGGAUUUGGAAAUGGCACUUUAGAUUUUGGGAGCAGUCAGACACACUGAACAUGGGCAGCGGUCCGAGCCGAGGGAAGAAGGUCGCUCCUGCUUGUAUGAGCGAGGUGAACGUGACCAAAACUACCGCCGGGGUCCCGUCACCCAAACAGGACAGCCGCAUAUUCAAACCCCUGAAGAUCCACGCGGUUUUACGCAACGCGCGCAACAGUGCGCAACCGGACUGCCACAGCCAGGGGCCCGACUCCGACUUCUCCGGGGAAGACGAUGACAUCGACGCAGAGCUGGACACGGUUCUCGCGGACUAUGAGGAGCGAGAGACGAUCCCCGUUAAGAAACAACCUCCCAAGAAGACUUUUAUGAAAUCCAAAACAUACGGACUGUGCCACUUCGGCCGGGAGGACACCGAGGACGAAGUCAGCGCGGCUCCUCGGCUCAGCGCUUCGGGAAGAGACGAGGAGCCACGUGGCUCCCGCGGAGGAUCCGAAGAUGUAAACAAGAGGAGCAAUGAUGCCUUCACACACUUAAAACACCACACAGUGUGCACCAGUCAGCACCAUUCCUCGUCCUCUUCCUCCUCACGGGGCUUCUUGACAAGAGGGUCUCUGCUGGACUCAGUGCCCACAUCAGAAAAACAAUCGACUUUUGGCAGCUGCCACAGCUCCUCUCUCACCAUGCCAGUCAUCCUGUACGAUGGAUCUGAAGAGGAGCUGAUGGACACUAUUGAGCGAGAGUUUAGUUGACCCCCAGCUGAGGAGCUACUGUACCGAGGAUUAUGUCUUUAUAUGGGAUACAUUGGUUUGAGAGAGGGAACCAGGGUUGAUUCAGACAAACUCACUGCGUCACAGGGAAGGUUACACUUCACUGUAUUCAUGCAGGGCUUCCUGGGUAAAUUUGACGCACGCAGCUGAACCCCCCCACACCUUUGAAUUUACACAAGUCUUACUUAACAACAAGAGACAGUGUAAUUCCAGAGUUAAUACAACAGCAGCCUGAACACAUGCCAGGAGGUUUUUCCUCUCAGACACCAGAGCUGUUGACUGACAGAGGCCUGCUUGGUUUGUUGUCUGCAGUGGUGAGGUUUCACCUUCUCAGUCCCGCCGGCCUCCCACAGAGCAUGCACCUUAUUACUUAACCUUACUUUAACUUGUCUGUUAAUAGGUGAAGGAGUGAACGCAGACAUUUUUCUAUUCGCUCAAACUGCACUUCUGCACAUUUGAGCACAUUCUUAAGGACCUUAUAUAUGCAAAGAUAACAUUUUCCACCAGCAGCAAAGUUUAGGGUUAUAUUUUUUCAUGAGUGGCAGCGACCCAUGCAAAGGUAUGAGCUGACAUUGUUUAUUUAAGGUUUCCUUCCUGACCACAGUUCCUGCUUUUCUCCACCCUAAAGAAGAAGGAAUGUGUGGCAACACAGAGACUCUGAGUCAGACUCAGUUUGACACAUUGAAGCAUAAAGGCCUGCUGCCCCCCAGUGGUGGAACACGACCGAGGUAGACAUGCAUGAAAGAUUCUGUAAAAUCUUCAUCAUCAACAUGUCACUGUUUAAGGAAAUAGGAAUUUCAACCAGGAGAAUUUUGUAAUUUUUGGUUUAUAUUGCAAUAAAAAAUUUACUAGAUCAUGUGAUCGUGGUGGAGAGAAACUGUGUGUGUGUGACAACGUGUCCAACCAGGAAAAAGCAGCUUUUUUAAAAUGUUCUUUUGAAUGUAAGGCAGCGUAAAGUCUCUAAAGUU